AUGGCUCGGACAGUGGCCGAGAUAUGCGCCAUGAAAUCUCAAGUGCAUAACGCGAAAAGUGCCGUGCCAGAGAUUGAUCGAAAGCUUGAGGAAACCCAAAGAACCCCAUUCACAACAAGAAUCACGGAGGCUAGGAUUCCCAAACCUGGAAAAGUCAGAAUCUCAUUCUAUGAAGGCACUACCAACCCGAAAGCGUAUAUCACAGCGUUUCGUAUAGCGAUGGGACAAGCCUUCACAAAGAACGCUGUCAAUCUGACCGAGCAGGAGAAAGACGCCGGUUAUUGUCUGAUAUUCGUAGAGCAUCUCAAGGGAGCUGAACUGAAAUGGUUUCAAGGCAGGAGCGCAACUCGAUCAGCAGCUUCCAACAACUCUCCGUUUUGUUCCUCAAGCAGUAUUCGAUGUUUAUGGAUCGAGGAACUUCCGACGCUGACCUAUGGACACUAUCCCAAGGAUCAAACGAGCCGCUUCAGGACUACAUGGAAUAAGCGACAAGGCUGCACUCGAGGCCUUGAAGCGAUCCUUGUGGAUGCCUUACAUCGGUCGUCAGACUUUGUCGUCAAUAAAGAAGAAAUGAAAAAUCUGGACGAGCAGUACGAAGCGACGAAAACAGCGAUCCGGAGCUCAAUCCUGAUGCGCUCUUCGAAGAAAGGCAAUCCCUCGAACAACACGACGACGCAGAGCUCCGAGGAACCAAGAAGCGGAGGCGCCCACAACUACCAAGUAGGCACUGGACGCGGAAGGAGAGAGCCGCGUAGCAACACUUGGGUAAGGAGGCCCACUAAAUACGAUGAAAAGGCGUUCUGCAAGUAUCAUGAAACCUAUGGGCACUCAACAGCGCAAUGUCAAACCCUAUGA